CACCUUUAGUCAGAUCAGUUCUAAAGCCUUUCCCGUUUUAAUACUGAAAUCACUGCGUGAUCAACACGUUACUAGACUGGCCUGCCAGUCUGCUAAGCGAGGCUGUGCCGAGGCGGGUAGGCUAUCUCGCUCUGAUACAGGCUACCCAUGCAGGCUGUGGCCUACAUCCAGGCUAUUCCACCUUUUAACCUGAUGUGAUUUUAGAGAAAACAGGAUGCCAACUGUCUAAAAGAAAUCCAGCUCAAAUCCAGAUGAAGAGUCCACGAGGGGCUGUGCGUGUCGUCAGAUGUUGUUGCGCGCGGCCUGGCGCGCUUUCAGACAUCCUUGGCUAUCUGAUCUGAUCUGAUCUCCGGUCAUCUCGAGCCUAUAGGCCAGCGCCAACGAAAAUGUCGGUAGCGGCCCCUUUAAGGGCGACGGGCUGCUGUUAAAUAGAUCAGAGAGACGCUGCCGCCCCCAAAGCAGAAUGUGUGUGUGUGUGUGUGUGUGUGCGUUUCCGAUGAGCCUCUGUUCAGUCCACACGGAGGGAGAGUAUGGAGAUUAUGUAGCCACCGUCGUCCUGGGAAUUUGACACCGUUCACCGACGGCUCUGAUCUCGGGAGAGUCGAGCGGUCUUGUUGAAGGCAGCGAGUCACUGGGAGCUCGGAUCCGUUAGAACAUUGGAGUCAUGCACUGAAUGGACCCGGGAGGUGUUCGUUUACACUCCAGGCCAGAUAGUUUCAGCAGCUGGCUAAGGUUGGCAUGGCCCAGUAAUGAGCGGGCAUCAGCAGGCUGGCAGCAGCUGCCCUGAGCUCUCGCCCUCGUGCUCGUCCUGCCCACUGCCCGACUGGACGGAGUUUUGCGAGGUCCACGCUCGCGCCAGCGCUGUCGAUUUCGCCGCCAAGUUCCGGCAGUUUGUGCAGGAGAACCCCACGUACGACACGGCGGGUGCAGACGCCAGCUUCGCCCAGCGCUACACACACGCCUUCCUGAGCAGCUUCAACGCAGCGCUGCACGUGCAGCCACCCUCCACACAGCCAGGGGGCGCCAGCUCCACGCCGCAGCUGCCCGCCACACACUUCGUGCCCUUCGCCGGCCUGCAGGUCUGCCCGCUGCCCUUCGGCCAAGAGGGGUUUCCACGGCGACGGGAGGCAUCCUCGGAGUCGCUGGACAGCAUGGACAGCGGAGGAGGGGGCGGGGCUUAUGCUGGAGGAGGCUCCUCCUCCUCGUCCUCAUCGUCGCGGCAACCAGCGCAGCAGAAGGCGAUGGGCGGCCCGCUGGGUCAGUCGCGCAGCUCCGAGGACGUGUCGCUCACACACACACACACACACACACACCCACGGCAGCGCUUUCGCAAGGGCUUCAGCCUGCGCAACAUGAGUCUAUGCGUAGUGGACGGCGUGCGAGACAUCUGGCAUCGCCGGGCGACCGCCGCCGAGCCCGAGGGGGCUGGACAGAGACGGGCCAAUGGGACCGAAGGGGCGGGACCUGGGCCGGCCAAUGAGGUGACAGAGGGGGGGAGAUUGACAGCGUCAGGCUCCUGGAGCCAGCGGCUCCGCCUAAGCCGCAGCUCACACACACACGCACACACACACGCACACACGCGCACGCCCCGGCCAGAGCAGCUGGAGGUCCAGAGGGAAGGGGCGCUGCGCUUCAUGGUGGCCGACGACUCCUCCAGCCAGGGGGGGGCGCUGUGGCAGAAGUGCCGGCUGCUGCUCCGCAGGACGUCCCAGAUGACCACAGCACAGCGGCCAGAGGGCGCCGAGCGCUUCCUGCUCGAGUUCUACGUCCCGCCAAAGUCCUCUAAGCCCAAGGUUAGCAUCCCACUCUCGGCUAUAGUAGAGGUCAGAACCACCAUGCCUUUGGAGAUGCCCGACAAGGACAACACCUUUGUGCUUAAGGUGGAAAAUGAAGCAGAGUACAUUCUGGAGACCAUUGACUCCUUGCAGAAGAACUCUUGGGUUGCUGAUAUCCAGGACUGCAUAGACCCCGGGGACAGUGGAGAUGAUAUUGAGUUGGCCUCUUGUCCUCAUGGUCAGCCAUCCAAAGAGUUCGCCAUGGUGGCAUCAUGCAGCUGUGAGCUCCUGUCUGAAGCAGGCAUGCACCGGGCUGUUGAGCGCACCUGUGCCACAGCAGCGGAGCACUACAGCACCCCCUCUGGACGAAUCAGGGAACUACCAUUUACCCAGCAUCCCUCACACAUCCCCCUAGAGCGCUUCCUACAGACGCCAGAGGCACAGGAGCCCCCAGUGUGUGAGGCGGACUGUUGUGGUGAGGGGGAGCGUGUCAGUCUGAUGGGGUUGCCAUGGUUUCACGGGACGCUGUCGCGAGUGCGGGCGGCUCAGAUGGUGCUGGGAGGCGGGGCCAGGAGCCACGGUCUCUUUGUGAUUCGCCAGAGCGAGACACGCCCAGGGGAGUACGUCCUCACCUUCAACUUCCAGGGCAAGGCCAAGCACCUGAGGCUGUCGGUGAAUGAGAAUGGCCAGUGCCACGUGCACCACCUGUGGUUCCAGACGGUGUGUGACAUGCUGCGACACUUCCACACACACCCCAUCCCCCUGGAGUCUGGAGGCUCCGCCCACAUCACGCUACGCUCCUACGUGCAGGUGCAGCGAGAUGUUGCCGCUCCUCAGAUGCCCCCUCCUGAGAGAGAGCCGGCUUGUCGGACGGAAGCCCCUCCCCCCCUCAGCCUGCCUGUCGCCCCGGUAACCGCAUCUGCUGCGGCAGACGCCCCCCUGUCCUCCUCCAGCCCCUCGUCCCCCAGCUCCUCGGCGGCGGCGCGUGAGGGGGGGUCCGUGGGGGGGGGCCUGGGCCUGCACAGCCGCAGUAGCAGCUCAGAGCGCCUGCUAGUGCCCCCCGGUGGCCCCACAGAGGACUACCACGACAGCGACGCCGCCCGCCGACCCAGGGCUGUGGAGAACCAGUACUCCUUCUACUGACGCUGUGUGUGCGUGUCUGUGUGCGUGUGUGUGUGUGUGUGUGCGUGCGUGCGUGUGUCUGUGCGUGUGUCUGUGUGUGUGUGUGUGUGUGUGCGUGUCUGUGUGUGUGCGGGUGUGUGUGUGUGUCUGUGUGUGUGUGUGUGUGUUGGUCCUGGUGUUCCUGUUGGCCCAGGUGACAGAAAUGGAAAAUAGCGCUUUCCAUCUGACCAAUAGCAGAGCAGCAUGGUUAGAGAAGACGGGGCACUGGGAGAUUACCUCAUAAAACACACACACAACAUAUUUACACACACACACACCUUCACACAUCAUAUCGACACAUACUCACCCUCAAACGACAAAUCCACACACCCCCCUUAAAUGUCAUAUCCACACACACACACACGCCCUCAAAUGUCAUAUCCACACACACACACGCCCUCAAAUGUCAUAUCCACACACACACACACACACACGCCCCUAAAUGACAUAUCCACUCCCCCCCCCCCAAAUGACAUCCACACACACACACACACACACACACACACACCCCUAAAUGUCAUAUCCACACACACAGACGCCCCUAAAUGACAUCCACCCUCAAAUGACACAUCCACACACACUCACCCUCAAAUGACACAUCCACACACACUCACCCUCAAAUGACACAUCCACACACACACUCUCAAACUACAUCACACAUACACCUCCUUCAUAUCCAGUCCAUUCUACCUGAACACACAUACACACACACACACAUACAUACACACACACGCGCACAGGAGAAGCUUUAUCUCAGGAGUGUGAGUCCUACCCUCACCACACACACACACACACUUGCGCUUUCUCACUUGUGAAUUCCCCUAUGGACCCCACGAAGAGCGUGCCAAGUGUAUCAGUGUAGCUGCCUCUGAUGUGUGUGUGUGUGUGUGUGGGGGGGGGGGGGGGGGGGGGGGGGGGGGGGGGAUUUAUCGCUCUGCUGGCUUUUCUAACACGUAAGGCUAUUUUUCUCUUUGGGUUGGGCGUUGGGCGUUUGUGUUAUUUUGGGGCGUUUGUGUUAUUUUGUACAAAGUGAUGUACUUGAUGAUACUACUUUAUAUUUCUGUGAAUAAAAUCAUGAACUGAG